GAAAAACACUAGAAGAGCACGUCCCGUCUGAGAAUCAUUCAAACACCACCUCACUGAAGCAGACUGAAGUCAAAACUAAACUAUUCCAGGUUUAUAGAGUACCGCCCGAGUGAGUGCCCUUCUAAUGAUUUUUGAAGACAAGAGGUAGACGUAAAGUGCUGUUUUGAAAAAGUUGUCGAAAGUUGAAACAGCAGUUUUAGACUUCGGCUUCACGGUCGGCUUAAGUCUACGUUAACUCGGUGUAAACUAACAAGGAUCACUAUAAAACUGAAUCAUUUCUGAACACUAUGGCGCAGUCAAGCAACAUGCUGGAGAAGAGAUGGCAACGGAUUGUUUAUGAAAAACAUCGCAAAAGAGUAAGUAAAGUCAAAAGGAAAGUCAACUGAAUUCAAAUUAAUUCUUGCAUAAGUUAAACAGUAUUUCCAGUGUAGUGUCUAGUCCUGACAGCGCUCGGUCGAUUAAGGUUUUGUUACGUUUUGGUUUUGUACCUUUCUUAUUACCAUCAAUUCGAAAAGCGGUCAAUCAGUCACGGAGAAGAGUUUAAAAAAUGCACGAAUUGUUGAGCAUCAUCAAUUUUUGACAGUAGUGACUUAAGCCCGCGGUUUUAGUUUUUCAAUGGAAUCUUUGUCAGGCUGAUUAAUUCCCGACCUCCAUUGUUCAAUUGUUGAUACAGCUUAAUGUUCACUGUGUUGCAACGCUUGGUUUUAGAUCUGUGGCAGCAAGAAAAUGACGAUGUAUCAUCGCGCGAAACAAACUACAACAUUCUUUUAAACUAAUAAACCUGGUAGCGUGCACGAAAUACCAAAUUACGCAGCAAUUGAUAGGGGUGCGUAUGACGUACGUCUAUGAUGAAAUGGUUAGACAUUUGUUGAUCUCCAUUUAUUCCGGGAUUAUCCUAUUUUCAUCAAGUAGAAGUGUAGCCUGCCCAUCUGGUAGGAGUGGUACAACGAAGUGCACGGAUAUAAGUUAAAGUAUUUAUAAAACUUUAGAUGUCAGGAAGACGCCCGGGCGGGGGUAGACGUCAAAAUGGCUCGGCGAUAUAAUGCCAAGGAAUACUGUCGGCUUCCGAUAGUUAACGUGAAUGCCGCUGUGAGCCCAGGUCGUACCCAGUCGCUAAUUUAUUCCUUUUCGAUGGAAUUGGCGAUUCGUGUAAACAAAUUAAAAUACCUUUCGGUUUCAUGGCAUUACUGCGAGGCGCACUAGGUGACAUGGGAAGGCACGAAGAGAAAGUGGCGUCGCUAUUUCUUUUUGCCCAAUCCCAUGACUCCCUGCACAACUCAAUGAAAUCCAAUUUUUCUCUCUUCUCCACCUCUCAUGUAAACAGUGACUAGGCACUUGUCUGCUCGUAAAGCGUGCAGCGGUAUUUUAACCACCUACCUCACGCCAUUUGUUGACAAAAAGAUAAACGUCUCUACCUAAGAGUUUAGAGAAUCGACAUAAAUGGCUACUUUUUUCUUCUAGCUGACCAAUUUGGAAAGUUGAAGCAUGCAAUUGCAAAAUAAUGCUUAGGGUGCUUAGGGAUGAAACCUCGAAGUCAAAUACAUCAGGGUUACUUGCUCAGCUCACACCAGGGGGUCAGGGGGGGGUACUCCCCUAUAAAAGUGUCGAGGGUGCUCGUCGGAAAAUUUUGAAAACACCCCUAAAAGGUACCAGAAUCUUGCUUUAUGGGCGUGUCCAAAACUCAUUUCCACCCCUAAGAGGUACCAAUUCAAUAACAACAAAUUUAUUUGCAUAACAAACACAUUUUUCACAUCGAUAUCCCUGGGCGAUAACCUUACCGCAGGCCCCUAAAAGGUACCGAGCCAACUCUGGCAGCAGUCAUUUUAGGUUUUAGCGCCAUAAGUAUUUAGUGUUUUAACUUAUUCCUUACAUAAAAUCUUCAUACCAAUUGGAAGUUUUGAAAUUGUAUCAAUAACAAUUUUAUUAGAUUUAAACAUUGGCAUUUACAUUACAGUUGGACUGAUAAGGCACCUAGGUUUCCAAAGAAGAUUCUGAACGGUUGACUUAUCUAGUUUGCCCAAGUGUACAGAAUUUUUUCAUAGAUUUUAGAAAAUAAGAACCUGUUGCAAAUUUUUGGCUAAACAGAUUCUUACAUAGAGGGGGCUUAACUGACCACUUUUAGCACAACAGGUUCUUAAAAUCUAGGUCAGUUCUUAGUAGCGGGGAUUUACUGUUAGUUUUAAUUUACAAUUGCUUGAUUUAGGAUUCUACUACUAGCGAGAGUAUAACGACAAUAUUAUAUUUUGUUUUUAUUACUAUAGCUCAGAGAAACUAAAUCGAAGUUGAAAGGGGAAACUACUUUAGAAUACGAUGACGAGGAGGCCCAGUUACAAUUGAGGUUCAGGAGAAUUAUGGUAAGACGGUCAGUAUGGUAAUGCUUCUUGCUAAACAAUGUUUCCACUACUCUCAGAAUUUCAAGACGUCCAUUCCUCUUGGUAAGAGAAAGGAUGCUAGCGAUUACGUAUCAAACUUUGGGUUGCAAUUUUGGUUUAACAAUGACGGAGAAUUUCGCUCCUUUUGUGGUCUUUUUUAUUGUUUAAGUUAGGUGCCCCCAUUAUACAAGAAAAUAAAAGAGUAAAGUUCCAGUAAACACCCUGUCUUGGGAGACGAUUGUAAAGAAAAAUUUAGAGAAACUGUAACAUUACAUUGUGCUAUCCAACGAACGUUGUGUUUCCAUGGUAAAGCGUGUCAUAUUUCAUUGAGAUAAGUGAGCAAUUGCAAGAAAGAAUAAUCUAACAGAUUAUUCUCUCUUAGUAUUUUGUACAUCCUUGUCAUGUUUCCACUUAACGGUAAAUGAAAUCCCAGACGAUAGAAAAAAAAAACGAUUCUGACGUUUUACCGCGAGGACACAAUGCUUUUUUUUGGUAUGGUGGGGAUAUUGCACUCUUCAGAGCAAAACGUCAUACCAAAGCGUUGCGCUGACUCAGCGUUAGACUGUCUUUGAAGGACGGUGCGUGUCUGACUUGAUCGCAGCGGACUCGAAAGAUGCUUCUCGCUUGGCUGAAAGGCAUGAAAUAAUCGAUCAGAUUUGACUUAGUUCUUAUAUACCUUGUAAUGCUUACAGAACCGUGCUUUUGUUCCAUCUGAAUAAAAUGUGUUUGCCUCCACCACACAGGCUGAGGAAAAGCGCCAAGCUAUAAUCGACAAACAAAAUAGCAAGUUGUUGCAAAGAAUUGUAGACAUCAUGACGUCAAAGAAAAAAACAUUUCCAGUGUCAAGCGAUACAGAAUUAAACAGAAAGGUAACAUAUGUCGGUAGUGCAAUUUUAUCUUUGGUUUGAAUUUUUCUUUUCUAUUGUUUCAAACUCAUUAUUCUUUCAUUAUCAUACAUUACGCUAUCCAAAAACAAAAGAAAACAAAAUUUAAACCAAUGAUCAAACUGAACCACAACACAUGUAUGAAAAGCUCUCUGAAGGGCUGUGGGGGUGGGAAGAAACAACUUUUCUUUCUUCCUUUUUUUGUUGUUUUCUUCUGUCCUCAAACCCACAAACCCCCCCUCCCCAGAACACCCCAGGCAGCUUAACUGCAGGCUAGUGAGGAUACUGAGUAGUUAACUGUGUAUAAUUAUACAACUCUUUUGUUUUGCUAACAAAUUGUCAUCCGCCAUUUGCACUUAGAGUAAUACCGUUUCCGCGUACGGGAAUGUACCCGUAGCAAUGAAUACUGGUGGACCCCUCCUUACUCUGGCGAACCACUAUGCUACCGAAUACAACGAUGAUGUCACUUAAGUUUCACAUCCGGGACAUCAUUCUCGCCUUUUACGUGGCUAACAAGUUGGCCUACCCGUACCUAUGGGAAGAAAUUAAGGGUACUGGUGUAUUGGGUCCCUUUUAUCUGUAGCUGCCGACCGGCCCUGUGUGUUUGGCACAGCCUUGUUGCAUGUCACUUUAUUACUCGUAUACUGACCACUCGAAUACUGUUUAUUACUCAAGAAGUUACUUUUGCAGUCGCUUCUGAUGAAUUCAAGAGAGAAAGGGUUAAGGAAUAUGUACCCAAAAAGAGCUCCACCUAUAUCUGAGGGGUCUCUGUGUACCGCGUUUGCUCAGCUUCCAUCGCAAGCUGCUUCUCCCGGCUGAGGGCGAGAGAACGCCCUUUGUCAUGUUCUCUUGCUGGAGGUAAAUGCUUUUUCCAGAGCAUUUACGUUACUAUAGUAACGUGGCAUAAUGUUUUUUUUUCAGGUCAGCAAGACGUCAGUUACCGACAACUCAAAGCCAAAAGCCAGACACAGUUCCGUUAAACUGCCUACAAUCAGUUCAGCAGUCAAAGAAAGAAGAGCUUCAAAGUAAAACUACUUGUACUAGAUCGGAGAAGUCAAAAAGAGCGUAUUUUUUUAGUCGUUUUAUUAUAUUAAAAGU